GCAACCUCACCCUCACUCACUCAUAACCACAACAAUGUCCACCGACUACAAGUUCAACGCCUGGACCGGGCAGAACGACGACGCGAUCAACGGCAACCUCGUCUACAAGGAGAUCACGCCCAAGCCGUGGGACGAGGACGAUGUGGAUGUCAAGAUCAUCUACUCGUCCAUCUGCGGCUCGGACGUCUCGGGCCUCGCGGGCCACUUUGGCCCCGUGCAGCCCGACCGUGUCGCCGGCCACGAGAUCGCCGGCGAGGUCGUGCGCGUCGGCUCGCAGGUCAAGAACCUCAAGGUCGGCGACAAGGUCGGCAUCGGCGCGCAGUGCGAUGCGUGUGGGGAGUGCCGCUGGUGCGGUGACCACCGCGAGAACCUCUGCCCCAAGAUGACGUUCACGUACGGCGGGCACCAGUACCCGCGCGGCAACGCCAAGGGCACGCAGACGUACGGCGGUUUCGCCAAGUACUGGCGCGGCAACGCCAAGUUCGCCGUCAAGGUGCCCGAGGGCGUCGACCUCGCUGAAGUCGGCCCGCUGUGCUGCGGCGGCCUGACGGUCUACGCGCCGCUCGCGCGCUUCGGCGCCGGCAGCCGCGCGAAGGAGGUCGGCGUCGUCGGUAUCGGCGGCCUGGGCCACAUGGCCAUCAUGAUCGGCAACGCGAUGGGCGCGAACGUGACUGCUAUUUCGCGCGGCGCGUCCAAGGAGGCCCAGGCGAAGGAGCUUGGCGCGAAGAACUACAUUGCGACGAGCAACGACCUCAAGGCGGACUUUGCGCCGCACGCGCGUUCGCUCGACCUGAUCAUCUGCACCAUCAACCCCCACAACCUCCCGGUCUCCGACUACGCCUCGCUCCUCUCGCCGGACGGCACGAUCGUCUUCGUCGGCGUCGUGCCCGAGCCGUUCGCCAUCUCGUCCUUCCAGCUCAUCCAGGGCCAGAUCGCGGUCGCCGGCUCGCUGAUCGGCUCGCCUGAUGACCUCGCCAACCUGUUCGAGCUGGCCGCCAGGAAGAACAUCCACCCCUGGAUCGAAAAGUUCAACAUGGACGACAUCAACACUGCCAUCCAGGGCGCGCGCGACGGCAAGCCGCGAUACCGCUACGUGCUCGUUAACACGGACAACGGGGGCAAGCUGUAGGCGAGUUGUAUAUAUAGACCGACGUGACUAGGUGGGAUACGAUAUGAAUGUGCCCAUAACCGCCAGCGAGCAGACCCCGGCUUAUCGGUGUGUGAGGUUAGCGUCGGCGACCGUGGCGACGGCGCGGCAUGUGGAGCGGCUAUUUGG